AUAUAAUAUAGCAGGAUGGACAUUCUAAAGGCAGUGAUAUUGCAGAAACGUAAAGAAUUAGAAGACAGUCAUGUUUUGGACAAUAAUAGAAAAUAUUUUAAAAGGAGUCGCUUAAUAUCAAAGCAACAGGAAGUGCACGAAAUUGAUAAAGGAAAUAAUGAAACUGCUCCAUCAAAUGAUAGCCGACAGUCAGAGGAAUCAGUAACAGACAGUAGUUCCGAACAUUUGCUAUCUAGACAAGAAGUAAUUAGACGGUUACGUGAACGAGGAGAACCUAUAUUAUUAUUUGGUGAAUCUGAGAUAGAAGCAUUUAAGAGAUUAAGGAAAUGUGAAAUUUUGGAGCCAGAAGUGAAUAAGGGCUUCAGAAAUGAUUUUCAAGAAGCAAUGGAACAAGUGGAUCAAGCAUAUCUCAAUGAGAUUUUGACAUCUUCCAAAUCUCAAAGUCUUGAUGGAAAAGGAGAUGUAAAUGUACCUGAUGAAGGUGUUACUUAUGAAGAUAUAGAAAAAAUGUCCACUAAAUUAAAUAAAGGAGACAAGGACUUCGAUAUGAGCGUAAUUACUCUGUUUGUACAGUAUCUUGUUCAGAUGUGGGGCAUUCAAUUAAACAGUAGAUCAACCGCCGAAAAGAUGAGCUCAAAGGGGAAAAUGAAUAGUGCAACAUAUGCUCAAACAAGGGAAUAUUUAAAGCCACUUUUGCGAAAGUUAAAAAAUAAAUCUCUUCCAGAAGAUAUAACCGACAGUUUAACAGAAAUUGUUAAACACUUACUAGAACGUAAUUAUAUAUUGGCUAGCGACGCCUAUUUACAAAUGGCUAUAGGUAAUUCUCCAUGGCCAAUUGGUGUAACAAUGGUUGGUAUCCAUGCACGUACUGGUAGAGAGAAGAUCUUCUCAAAAAAUGUCGCUCAUGUUAUGAACGAUGAGACUCAAAGGAAAUAUAUUCAAGCACUUAAGAGACUGAUGACCAAGUGUCAAGAAUAUUAUCCUACAGACCCUUCGCGUUGUGUAGAAUAUUCAAAAAAUUAAGUUUUUUUUUAAGUUUUUUAUAUGUAAAAUAAAAAGGCAUUGUAAAUUUGUUGUACAUGUUUGUAGAUGUAACUAUAUUAUUAUUAUUUUAUUAUUAGGAACAUCUAGAUUAACAUAGAUUAAUAUAGAUUAAUAUAGAAACAU